AGAAAUACCAGAGAGCAGUGGCCAACAGCCUGCUCUGCUGUUCCUGCGAAGUGGAACUGCAACCGCCACCACGGGCCCCACCGCGGCAAAUCGCCACCGACCCAGAGAAUGGAGACUGGAGCCGUCUCCUCCUGUCCUCCCGAGACCCGACUCAACUUUUUCUCUGCACGCCACUGCCAAUUCCCCGCCAGCAGCAGAAAUCACACUCCGCUUCAUCUUCCGCUGGAUCCCUAGUCUACGCCGGCCUAACGCCUUGGGACCUCCGCUGCUGUUCUCUCGCCGGUCAUUUUUGGUUCAGGGGCUGAUCGCUUGAUCGGAUCGGUGUCGCAGCCCUAUACAUCAUACAUGACGACGCCCGGCUCCUGUCCUGCGACAACCGCCGCCACCCACCCUCCCAUGUGCGCCGCUAGCGCCGCAGGUAGGUCCCCUCCCAAUCUUCCUCUCUUGAGCCGCUUGUGCGUUUCGCUCCUUCUUGGGCGGCAGACCCCAAAAAUGUCCCAAUUCUACUUUCGGGCAGGUGGAUCGCAAAAAAUGGUGCGUCCGCGACUAGUGCUCUUCGGGGACUCCAUCACCGAGCAGUCCUUCCGCCCCGGUGGCUGGGGUGCCGCACUGGCUGAUACCUACUCGCGCAAGGCUGAUGUAGUUGUCAGAGGCUAUGGUGGAUACAACACAAGAUGGGCUCUUUUCUUAGUACAUCACAUCUUUCCGCUGGAUGGUUUAGCACCCCCUCUUGCAACCACUAUUUUCUUUGGAGCAAAUGACGCAGCCCUGUUAGGAAGAACUGGCGAGCGACAACAUGUUCCAGUUUCAGAAUAUAAAAAUAAUCUCAAAAUGAUUGUUAAUCAUUUGAAGGAUUGUUCUAAUUCCAUGGUUAUUGUGCUUAUUACGCCACCUCCAAUUGAUGAAGAAGGAAGAGAAAGAUUUGCACGGUCACUUUAUGGACAGAAUGCGAGGAAGCUACCUGAAAGGACAAAUGAAAUGGCUGGGGUCUAUGCUGGUUAUUGCGUCGAACUAGCUAGAGAAAUGUGUAUACCCUGUGUUAAUAUCUGGUCAAAGAUGCAGGAGACAGAAGGAUGGCAGAAACUUUACCUAAGACACCUAGCCAGAACCUGGUACCAUGGUGAAAUGAUUCUGUUCUGAUCCUGCAGUGACGUUUUGAUCCUGCAGUGACGGUCUGCAUCUGACACAGGAAGGAAACGCAGUUGUCCACAAGGAGGUUGUCGAAGCAUUGAGAAAUGCUGGUUUCAAAGCUGAACAGAUGCCGUACGACUUUCCUCAUCACUCCAAAAUAGAUGGCAGUUGUCCAGAAAAGGCCUUCCAAUGAAAUGAUUUCGAGUUGUGUGAUGUUUUGGAGUUUUGGAUCCUGCAUUGAAGAUUACGAUAACGUCCAAUGACAUGAGCUUGAGCUGUUACAUUUUGGGAGUUUGAAAUCUUGCGUAUAUUUUGGAGUUUGAGAUCCUGCAUUGAAGAUUGUAAUUUCCUCCGUGCAAAAUUAAGGACCUAGGCUUCUCCAAGAUGCUGGUGUUGCUUCUUCUACACUUACAUUUUCUGGAUUAAGACAUGUUAGCUUCCAUUUCUCGUUAUUGUGGUGGAUGGUUUGGAUAUUGAACGAAUUGAAUAUUCGGAUAUCAUGGUGUUCUGAAGAUACCGGAUACA